GCCUUGGGAAACGUGAAGUUGCGUUCGGGGAUUUUUUUUUUUCCUCUUCCCCGCCGCGGUCUGGGCAGGUCUGUCAGGAGCGAAGGCCCCUUCCUCCCAGCAGCGCUUCCUCAGCGCGGGGAGAAGCGCGCUCUUUUGGGAACACCGCCUUCCGUAGUCGGCCCGAUACCCAGAUACUUGGUGUGUAAGCGUGAUUUGCUGUACCAUUUUACUUCCUUACCAACAAUGUAUGGACUGAUCCUCCUUGACAGCAUUUGGUGUUAACACUGUUUUUCAUUUUAGCCAUUCUGAAUAUGGUUUCUAGUUUUAGGGUUUCUGAAUUACAAGUGUUACUUGGCUUUGCUGGACGGAAUAAAAGUGGACGCAAGCAUGACCUCCUGAUGAGGGCGUUGCAUUUAUUGAAGAGUGGCUGCAGCCCUGCGGUUCAGAUUAAAAUCCGAGAAUUAUAUAGACGCCGGUACCCACGGACACUUGAAGGACUUUCUGAUUUAUCCACAAUCAAAUCAUCAGUUUUCAGUUUGGAUGGUAGUUCCUCACCAGUAGAACCUGACUUGGCUGUGGCUGGAAUCCACUCGUUGCCUUCUACUUCAAUUACACCUCAUUCACCAUCAUCUCCUGUUGGUUCUGUGCUGCUUCAGGACACUAAGCCCACCUUUGAGAUGCAGCAGCCGUCUCCUCCCAUUCCUCCUGUCCAUCCUGAUGUGCAGUUAAAAAACCUGCCCUUUUAUGAUGUCCUUGAUGUUCUCAUCAAACCUACAAGUUUAGUUCAAAGCAGUAUUCAACGGUUUCAAGAGAAGUUUUUUAUUUUUGCUUUGACACCUCAGCAAGUUAGAGAGAUAUGCAUAUCAAGGGAUUUUUUGCCAGGUGGCAGGAGAGAUUAUACAGUCCAAGUUCAGCUUCGACUUUGCUUGGCAGAGACCAGUUGCCCUCAAGAAGAUAACUAUCCCAAUAGUUUGUGUAUAAAAGUAAAUGGGAAGCUCUUUCCUUUGCCUGGCUAUGCACCACCACCUAAAAAUGGGAUUGAACAGAAGCGCCCUGGACGCCCCUUGAAUAUUACAUCUUUAGUUAGGUUGUCGUCAGCUGUGCCAAAUCAGAUUUCUAUUUCUUGGGCAUCUGAAAUUGGAAAGAAUUACUCCAUGUCUGUAUAUCUUGUGCGGCAGCUUACAUCAGCCAUGUUAUUACAGAGAUUAAAAAUGAAAGGUAUUCGAAAUCCUGAUCAUUCCAGAGCACUAAUUAAAGAAAAACUUACUGCAGAUCCUGAUAGUGAAAUUGCUACAACUAGUCUUCGAGUGUCCUUGAUGUGCCCGUUAGGGAAAAUGAGGCUGACAAUCCCAUGCCGUGCGGUGACUUGUACACAUCUGCAGUGUUUUGAUGCGGCCCUUUAUCUUCAAAUGAACGAGAAGAAGCCCACCUGGAUUUGUCCUGUUUGUGACAAAAAGGCUGCCUAUGAGAGUCUGAUAUUAGAUGGGCUUUUCAUGGAAAUUCUCAAUGACUGUUCUGAUGUAGAUGAGAUCAAGUUCCAAGAAGAUGGUUCUUGGUGUCCAAUGAGACCCAAGAAAGAAGCUAUGAAAGUAACCAGCCAGCCAUGUACAAAAAUAGAAAGUUCAAGUGUCUUCAAUAAACCUUGUUCAGUGACUGUAGCCAAUGAUGCAAGCAAGAAGAAGAUAGAUGUUAUUGAUCUAACAAUAGAGAGUUCUUCUGAUGAAGAGGAAGACCCUCCUGCCAAAAGGAAAUGCAUCUUUAUGUCAGAAACACAAAGCAGUCCAACCAAAGGGGUUCUCAUGUAUCAGCCAUCUUCUGUAAGGGUGCCCAGCGUGACUUCAGUUGAUCCUGCUGCUAUUCCACCUUCAUUAACAGACUACUCAGUACCAUUCCACCAUACGCCAGUGUCAAGCAUGUCAUCAGAUUUGCCAGGUUUGGAUUUUCUUUCCCUUAUUCCAGUUGAUCCCCAGCAGUACUGUCCUCCUAUGUUUUUGGAUAGUCUCACCUCACCCUUAACAGCAAGCAGUACGUCCAUCACCACCACCAGCCCCCAUGAAAGCAGUUCUCAUGUUAGUUCAUCCAGCAGCAGGAGUGAGACAGGGGUCAUAACCAGCAGUGGAAGUAACAUUCCGGACAUCAUCUCACUGGACUAAUGGCUGACAUACUUGAUUCUGGGAAUCAUUCAUCAGAACUACUUUUUCUUGGAUAUCUAGUCCAUGGAAGCUAAUUUUUGCAAUUUAAUAUUUAUUGAAAUGUCAGAUGGAUUCUUUGCUUUCUGAGACAUGAACACAGAUGACUCCAGCAAGAACCAGAUGACAAGCAAGGACUCUCCUUACACUGUACACUGAGCAUCAGAUAGAGUUCCUCUACAACGGUGUCUUCUUGAGCAGUGAAUUUCAGUUUCUACAUUACUGGAUGGAUUCUACAAACAAUUUUUUGUUACAAUAAACAGCAAUAAGAUUAUGUAAAUAUUUAAACUUUUCUAAUUAAAAAAUGUAAUCACUGAUCUAGAAUAACAGCAACUUCUGUUUAAUAUGAAGGAAAAAUAGAUGGAAAGUCAUGUUUGCUGAAUGAGUACUUUCUAUAGAGAUUUGUUCUAUUUUGUUGAAGUAAUGAAGUUUCAAUAACUGGCCAGGACUUGGGUUCUCCUUUUCUUCUUUUGAUUUACUACUCUUCGUGAUCCCUUCAGAGAAAAUGGUCUUUGUGUUGUGUGUUUUUCUCUUGUCCUUUACACUUUGACAUUAUUUGCUGAUACAUGCAGCGUAAAGAGCUGGGGUUUGGUUGCUCUUCAUGGUGAUUAUGUUUAAGAACACUAGGCAGAUUUUGUCCUGAUACAAUGUGUUAUUUUUGGUUACUAUACAUUUUUAUUCUCAAAUUUUUUGCAAUCUUGAGACUUAUUAUUUCAGAAAGAAAGUCUACAGCAUUUGAAUGAAAUGUGCUUGAGUUAAGAUGUGGCUAGACUAUCUGAUAGAAUUUUCUUUACAGUGUUCAGAAAUAUUUAAUAGUUGGGAGGCACCAGAAUAUAUUUAGGAGAGGUGGAAAUAACUAAAUUCUUUCUAGGAAUUCAAUUUGUUUUAUAUAUUUUAUGGAAUAAUGCAGUAUACUUUGUUGGUUGAAUCUUUUCACAUUUUAGUGGCACUUAUGUAGAAAUUAUAUUUAAGAUGUCUGAUCAUAAUUCUUACCAAUGUAAUAUCAGUUUCAGCAGUGAUUUUUCAAGUUUAAAGAAAAGUCAAUGUUGAAUGAUGGUACCAGAUCUCAUUUUCCUAAUUUUUUUUUUUUU